UGUCAGUUUAAAGCUCAGUGUAGAGAGGAGCAGAAACACCAAACACUCUGUGCAGAAAACUCUCAGCCUCUUCUACUCCUCUAUAUUCCUCUUUAUUCCUCCAUAUUCCUCCAUAUUCCUCUUUAUUCCUCUAUAUUCCUCUUUAUUUCUCUUUAUUCCUCCAUAUUCCUCUUUAUUCCUCUUAGCUUCCUCUGCACCGCUUCUGAACACCUGAGCUCAGGAUGGAGAUUGACUGCCUGCAUGGAGGAAACGUUUACACACUUACCUCUGUUUCAUUUCUUCAUUAAACCAUCAACUGCCUGGAUUUAAAUCUUCCAUGUUUAAGCGUCAGCACUGAACUGAAAAUGAGCGACAUCUACGAGUCGGCCGCGACCUCGCUGGGGCUCUUUAACAGUCCCUGCCUGAGUAAAGUGGAGCUGCGCGUGGCGUGUAAAGGAAUCUCAGACCGGGACGCUCUGUCCAAACCCGACCCCUGCAUCCUGCUCAAGAUGCAGUCACACGGCCAGUGGCUGGAGGUGGACAGGACGGAGGUGAUACGGAGCUCCAUCAACCCCACCUUCUCCAAAGUGUUCACCCUGGACUACUACUUUGAGGAGGUGCAGCGUCUCCGCUUCGAGCUCUACGACAUCAGCAGCAGCCACAAUGGUACCAAGGAGGUCGACUGCCUGGGGGCCAUGGAGUGUACGCUGGGACAGAUUGUGUCCCAGAGAAAGCUGUCUAGAGCUCUGCUGAAACACAGCAACACCGUGGGCAAGUCCACCAUCAUGGUCACAGCGGAGGAACUGACGGGGAAUGAUGACUAUGUGGAGCUGUCAUUCAGCGCCAGGAAACUGGAUGAUAAGGACUUCUUCAGCAAAUCAGAUCCUUUUCUGGAGAUUUACAGAGUGAACGACGAUGGAACACAGCAGCUGGUGUACAGGACAGAGACGGUAAUGAACAACCUGAACCCGGUGUGGAAGACGUUCAAAACCUCCCUGAACUGUCUGUGCAGCGGGGACCAUGACAGGAUACUGAAGUGCUCUGUGUGGGACUGGGACUCCAACGGAAAACACGACUUCAUCGGCGAGUUCGAAGCCACUUUUAAAGAGAUGCGUGGAGCCACCGACGGCAAGCAGGUGCAGUGGGAGUGCAUAAACCCCAAAUAUAAAAUCAAGAAGAAGAAUUACAGGAACUCUGGGAUUGUCAUUCUGAAUCAGUGUAAGAUUAUAAAGAUGCACUCGUUCCUAGACUACAUCAUGGGCGGAUGCCAGAUCCAGUUUACAGUUGCUAUUGAUUUCACAGCGUCUAACGGAGACCCACGGAACAGCUGCUCUUUACACUACAUCCACCCGUACCAGCCCAACGAGUAUCUCAAAGCGCUGGUUGCUGUGGGAGAGAUCUGCCAGGAUUACGACAGUGAUAAAAUGUUUCCGGCGUUCGGCUUCGGCGCUCGGAUUCCUCCCGAAUUUAAGGUGUCACAUGACUUCGCUGUAAACUUUAACGAGGAUAAUCCUGAAUGUGCAGGUAUACAAGGUGUAGUAGAGGCUUAUCAGAACUGCCUCCCGAAGAUCCAGCUGUACGGCCCGACCAACAUCGCCCCCAUCAUCCAGAAAGUGGCGCAAUCCGCCUCCGAGGAACUGCACGUCCGCCAGGCCAUGCAGUACUUUAUCCUCCUGAUCCUGACGGAUGGUGUGAUCACAGACAUGGCUGACACGCGGGACGCCAUCGUUCAUGCGUCUCACCUGCCCAUGUCCAUCAUCAUCGUUGGCGUGGGGAACGCAGACUUCAGCGACAUGCAGAUGCUGGACGGAGACGACGGGAUCCUGCGCUCGCCCAAAGGAGAACCGGUGCUGAGGGACAUCGUCCAGUUCGUCCCCUUCCGCAACUUCAAACACGCGUCUCCCGCAGCGCUGGCCAAAAGCGUUUUAGCCGAAGUGCCGAACCAGGUGGUGGAUUAUUACAACAGCAAGGGCAUCAAACCCAAAUGCCCCAGCGAGUUCGAGUCUUCCAGGACGUUUAGCCGCUGAACUCUGACUACGAUCUGAUUAGGAUCUGAUUAGGAUCUGAUUAGGAUCAGCACGUCUCUGUCAGUCUGUCAGUCGUUUGUUUUGCAUGCGUGGAUGGUCGUAGGCUAAAGCUAAAGUGCCAACACACGUGUCCGGCAUGGAGACACGGAGACUCUGCAUGUUUCUCAGAGAUGUAACUGAUCUGUUUCUUUUUUUAUGUCUAUAUUUAAACUGAGAUUUUGCUAAAUUUCAUAAUAUUCUUACAUUGUAAAGCAUUUUGGAUGGAGAUCAUUGAGAAUGUUUAGCUCUCUGUAUUAGAUACUGAACGUCUGCACCUUGAGAUAAAACGUGGGGUUUUUUUGCACAUGAGGAAAUGCAUGACUGUCUUUUGCAUGUUAAUAUAAACGAAUAAACCAAAAUUUCUCCAUGUUUUGGUCUGGAGAUUGUAAACGAAUGUGGGCGUGUCCCAAACGCUAGCUCUGGAGAGAAGAGCGCUCACUGGAGUUCAUUCUAACACGUUGUUGAGAAAAGAAAACGGAAAACGAGACGCCGUAACUUCAAUAAGUUUAACAAAUACAUUCAUCAAAUGCUAAUAAAGUCAUUCAUUUCCAUUUCAGAACACAAAACCUUGCUGUUAUCAGAAGCUAAUCUGCAGUGUAGUGGGACGUGCUUUAUUCCUCAGAUACCACAGCAGGAAGCAAACAAUGGCACUGGAGACUCCUUCCAUAAAUGUUCGAUCACAGAAGACUUCACCGUAUCGAGUUACCGUGGCGAUACGAAUACGAAAACGUAUCAUGUUAACGAGCGCUUUAAUAUAAACCUGCGCUACGCUCAGAGCCUCUGUUAUAGAAAACUAAUCAACACCUUCUGACCAAUCACAAUCCAGAACUCGGCACCGUGCGUAAAAGCUUCACCUGCAGGCCUAUAAAUCUUUGAAUCUGAAGAACUGUAUCGUACUGCUCAUAAUAACUGAGUAGAAUUUUAAAAUGCUAAAUAUUAUAAGCGUAUAUAUAUAUAUGUGUGUGUGUAUAUAUCAGUAGAGCUUAAAUCAGAUAUUAUAACUUUAGUUACUUCUUUAAUACAAUAUUUAACUGACUUUUUCAGUGGCUAGCCUGCGCCACCGAGACUCCUCCCACCAAAUGAAUCUUAAUAACACGUCAUAACUGCUUACUCUAUUAUACACAUACCAUUUUCAUCAUUUGACUGAAACAGAUUUAAUCAACUGACCAAAUUUGGAUUAUUACAUAAAGCUAUAUCUUCUGUCAUUUUUCACUGACCUCCAACUUGAGCACCGCUGGUUAGUUAAUGAACAAUAACCAAUUAAUUACAUUCAUUAACACCAAACGUCAAUCAUGGUGAAGUCUUCUUUUUGAUGUUCAUAGAGCAUAUUCAGCAUUGGCUCAGAGUCGUGUCACGAGGUCGGGUUUAGAGACGAGUCUGUGCGCGGUAGCUUGAGCAGCGCCGCCUAGCGUUUGGGACGAGGCCUGCGGGUACACUCCGAUCAGUAAAAGCACAACACAGUAACACUUUAGAAUAUCCGAUUCAGGUAGUUUAUUAGAGUGUGAUAAUAAAGUGCUAUAAACAAUGUGUGUGUGUGUGUGUGUGUGUGUGUGUGUGUGUGUGUGUGUGUGUGCGCGCGCGUGCGCGGAAUAAAAACAGCGUGCAUGUGGUGUAACGUAACAGACAUCAGUGCGUCAUUUGUAUUCUAAAGUGUUACCGACUCUAAAUUAUUAUUAAAUCUUAC